AAGAACUAUAUUAGGAUACGUUGGGAAUCCAGAUUCAUCUCAAGAAGCUACUAGAGAAAUCAACAAGACAAAAUACCAAAGCUGGUUUCUCCUCUUCUAUGCGUCUGUCUUCCGAAGGAAAUAUCUUGAACUUCAUUUUGUGUUUUAUGUUUCUCCUGAUUUAAAGCAAAGCCCUUGAGAACUGAUGCCUGCAUAACAAAAUGUUCUCCAGCUUUGAGGGUGGUCUUUCCCAGUGCUACCCCAUUAUGAGGACUGCACUAUAUUAUUUUUGAGGCUGGGAAUGAGGUUCUCUAUCCCUUUCUAUGUUUAAUAACUCCAAGACUGGGCUUCCUCUUCCUUCCUUCUUUCUCUUGUGGUGGAAAGCAGCUCAUCUGAACUCCAAAACAUGGGCUUGAAUUCAUCCAAGACCCAUAGGAAGGUCACCAAAGUGACACCAAUGCCAUGCGAAGAAAGAGAAUCGAAACAGCCUAAUAGUGUGACUGUUUAUUCCUUCCAGACCUUGCCAAGCUCAUUUGUUUCCUCAUCAGGGAGAACUCCAGUUCUGGAAAGACAACUUCCACCUUUGCGAGAGACAUGCUACGGAAGAUAUCCCACAGUGCCCAGGCCAAAUCUGUUAGACCCCACACAAGGAGGAGGAGGAGGAGGAGGAGAAGGAGGAGGAAGCAUCAUCAAGCAGCAUCCACCUCGAAGACUUCAGAAAUUGGAGCCAUUUAUUCUUGCAGACAGCAUCCCUGCAGCCAAAUACCCGAAUCUGCAAGGAGGGACAGUGACGCUGAAGGAAAAGGAACUUGGGAGAGGAGAGCAUGUUGCUGGGCAUCCUGCUGGAAGAAGGCAGUAUUUACUCCAGAUGAAGAUGCUUGAAAUAAGAAAAGAGGCAGAACUAAAAAGGCGUCUGCAACAAGAGGCUAGACUUAAUAAGCCAAAAAUGAGAGAUCUUCAUGUGCUGGGUACUCUUGAGCAUAUGCAGGGAACUCAAAGCUCUGAUGAUGAAGACCGACACUCUACUGAGCAUGAACAAACAUUUAAUGGAAGCCAUGGAGAUUUGUGGCACAGAGAAUUUCUUAAAGAAUCUGGGUCACCUAAAUCCCAUCUGGACCAGAGGCACAAAGUGGAGACAUGGCUGUUGAAGCAACAAGCAACAACAGAGUCGUCUUCAGAUGCUUCCAGCACUGACACCAAUAACUGGAGCGAUUGCAAUGACAACUUUAAGAAACCUUAUCGGAGGCCUGCUUUAGUGAGGACUAAGACAGAAAGGAUUACCCUUUUUGAUGAUUUUUUUGAUAAAGAAAUUAUAUAGGUCAUGUAUAAGACAGCCUUUUAGAGAUGGUAUUCUGACAUUAUUCUCCUCUUCCAUUUGUAAUUCUCCUAUCAUCUAUUCUAUCUCUAUUAUCUAUCUCUAUUAUCUAUCUAUCUAUCUAUCUAUCUAUCUAUCUAUCUAUCAUCUAUCCAUCCAUCCACCCAUCCAUCCAUCCAUCCAUCCACCCAUCCAUCCAUCAAUUUAUCAUAUCGAUCUAUCUAUCUAUCUAUCUAUCUAUCUAUCUAUCUAUCUAUCUAUCAUCUAUCUAUCUAUCUUCUAUCACCUAUCUCCAUUCAUAUUUAUUAUUGCCUUAGAUCUAUAGAAAAGAAAACAGUGUAUGCCAUUGUAGUCAAUAGUCAGCCUACAUCACAGUAUUGAAUUCCCCCUGCCAGUCUAAAUGCCAGGCAGCCUCUGAGUAUGACAACACACCCUUCUCAAGCAUAGGCUUCAGCACAGAUUCUUUGGGAGAUUCUAUCCCCCCUCCUCUGCUUCUUAUAGAAGAAAAAAAAACCUUUGUUCUUUUAAAAGAAGAAAGUGAAUUCCGGAAAACAGAGCAAGAAGUUAUUGUCCUUGAGCUAGGAAAAGAAGUGGGAUGUACUAUCACUCCAACAGCUUUGAUAAGUAGCUAGAAUUAUCACAAGAGGCUGCAACAGAGGACUUUUUCUUGGGAUUCUUUUACAACUUAUCAAGGAGAUAAAGAAAUAUGUAAAUAUAUUUGGCAAAAGCUGCAUUAAAUUCUAAUUUCUUUUGCUUUGCCUGCUUAUGCAAUAUGCCUUGCUUAUUAUGCAAUAGAUUUCUGUAGAUUUCUGUACAAAAAUAAUUGUGUUUUAUCAUAGCCUGGAAUCAGGCAUAUUCUAGAAUAUCUGUAUCUUGUUCUCUAAGUUCUUUUUAGUAAUAAUAAUAAUGGAAGGAGAAAUGCUAUUUGUGGUAGAUCAGCACAGCUUGUCUAUUUGGAGGAGUAUUUGUCUUUUUUUAAAAAAAAUACUGUAUCUGCUUCAACAUCGAUGUAUUUGAGUAUUUAAAGUUAAAAAGAAUUAUAAUAUACCUUUUUUUAAAAAAAAAUUGCUUUUGUUCACCA